AUGGUGCCACUGUUAGUCUUCAGUGUCUUAGACGUCACUAUCCAGAACAGCGAGCUGAUGACUGGCAGCAUGGACAAAGGAACGCUGGGAUCAGGAUCCAAGAACAAUAUUUUUUACAUUUUGCUGCGAGACUGGGGGCAGAACGAAGCUGCCGAUGCGAUGUCACGGCUCGCCAGGCUGGCCCCCGUCUACCUGUCUAACCGUGGAUUCUCAAUUGGGAUUGGUGACGUCACACCUGGCCAAGGACUGCUGAAGGCCAAGUAUGAGUUGCUGAAUGCUGGCUACAAAAAAUGUGAUGAGUACAUUGAAGCCCUGAACACAGGCAAGCUGCAGCAGCAGCCUGGCUGCACUGCUGAGGAGACCCUGGAGGCUUUGAUCCUGAAGGAGCUGUCCGUGAUCCGCGACCAUGCGGGCAGCGCCUGCCUCCGGGAGCUGGAUAAGAGCAACAGCCCCCUCACCAUGGCUCUGUGUGGCUCUAAAGGUUCCUUCAUUAACAUAUCACAGAUGAUUGCCUGUGUCGGACAGCAAGCCAUCAGUGGCUCUCGAGUGCCAGAUGGCUUUGAAAACAGGUCCUUGCCUCACUUUGAAAAACACUCAAAGCUCCCAGCUGCCAAAGGCUUUGUGGCUAACAGCUUUUAUUCAGGUUUGACACCAACCGAGUUUUUCUUCCACACGAUGGCUGGCCGGGAAGGUCUGGUUGACACAGCUGUGAAGACAGCUGAAACAGGAUACAUGCAGAGGAGGCUCGUAAAGUCCCUUGAAGAUCUUUGCUCACAGUAUGAUUUGACAGUCCGAAGCUCUACAGGCGAUAUCAUCCAGUUCAUUUACGGGGGAGAUGGCUUAGAUCCUGCAGCCAUGGAGGGAAAAGAUGAACCCUUGGAGUUUAAAAGAGUUCUGGACAACAUCAAAGCCGUCUUCCCGUGCCAGAGCGAGCCUGCUCUCAGUAAGAAUGAGCUGCUCCUGACCGCUGAGUCCAUCACGAAGAAGAAUGAGUUUCUCUGCUGCCAGGACAGCUUCCUGCAGGAGAUAAAAAAAUUUAUUAAGGAGGUUUCUGAGAAGAUCAAGAAAACCCGAGAUAAAUAUGGCAUCAACGAUAACGGCACAACAGAGCCCCGGGUGCUGUACCAGUUGGACCGGAUCACCCCCACCCAAAUAGAAAAGUUUCUGGAGACGUGUAGGGACAAGUACAUGAGGGCACAGAUGGAGCCAGGUUCUGCGGUGGGCGCACUCUGUGCCCAGAGCAUUGGUGAGCCGGGCACCCAGAUGACCCUGAAGACUUUCCACUUCGCGGGCGUGGCCUCCAUGAACAUCACCCUGGGUGUGCCCCGCAUCAAAGAGAUCAUCAACGCUUCCAAAGCCAUCAGCACUCCAAUCAUCACAGCACAGCUGGACAAGGACGACGAUGCAGAUUACGCUCGCCUCGUGAAAGGGAGAAUUGAGAAGACCCUCUUGGGAGAGAUUUCAGAGUAUAUUGAAGAAGUGUUUCUUCCUGACGAUUGCUUUAUUCUCGUCAAGCUCUCCCUGGAACGGAUCAGACUUCUGAGGCUGGAAGUGAACGCUGAGACGGUGAGGUAUUCCAUCUGCAUGUCCAAGCUCCGCGUGAAGCCUGGCGACGUGGCCGUGCAUGGUGAGGCUGUGGUGUGUGUCACCCCCCGAGAGAACAGCAAGAGCUCCAUGUACUACGUGCUGCAGUUUCUGAAAGAGGAUCUCCCCAAGGUGGUGGUGCAGGGCAUCCCGGAGGUGUCCCGAGCUGUCAUCCACAUCGACGAGCAGAGCGGAAAGGAGAAGUACAAGCUCCUGGUGGAGGGUGAUAACCUGCGGGCAGUCAUGGCCACCCACGGUGUGAAGGGCACCCGAACUACCUCUAACAACACAUAUGAGGUGGAGAAAACCCUGGGCAUCGAAGCUGCCCGGACGACUAUCAUCAACGAAAUCCAGUACACGAUGGUCAACCACGGCAUGAGCAUCGACCGGCGGCACGUGAUGCUGCUCUCCGACCUCAUGACCUACAAGGGUGAAGUCCUGGGCAUUACUAGGUUUGGCCUGGCCAAGAUGAAGGAGAGCGUGCUGAUGCUGGCCUCCUUUGAGAAGACAGCCGACCACCUCUUUGACGCCGCCUACUUCGGGCAGAAGGACUCCGUGUGUGGGGUGUCUGAAUGCAUCAUCAUGGGGAUCCCCAUGAACAUUGGAACCGGGCUCUUCAAGCUGCUCCACAAGGCUGACAGGGACCCAAGCCCUCCCAGGAGGCCCCUGAUCUUCGACACAAGCGAAUUCCACAUCCCCCUUGUCACAUAGUCCAGGGAAGAGGGGACCGUUCCUGACCUCGGCUCCUUGUCGUCUGGAAAGGGGCUGGAGGCCAGCAGCUGACUCGUGAGCUUUGUGCUCCCCAGGACCGAGGCCCUGCCAUCCCCACCAUGCUGGCAGUCAGAGAAGGCCCCCGGCAUCCUAGGAGCAACUCACCCAGUGACCCAGACCACAGCACAGUGCUUGCUGGGGAGAACCGGGAUUUGUCUGUUUGUUUGCAACCUAAUUAAUCUAGGGACAGCUCAGCACCUCCUGCCCACUCCACCUCCCUGGACUUGCAAGGAGCCCCCAGCCCAGCAUCUUUGCUCGUUCCCACCUCACCUGUCCCUGCAUCCACUCAGAGAGGUGUCCCACCCUGAUCGGGAGCCAGGUCUAAGCCGCAGGGCCAGGGCACAUUCUCAGUUCUUCCGUUCCGCAGUCAUGCUGCAAUCUCCAGGUGUGACAUACUAAUGUAAAUAUUGUUACUAUUAUUUAUUUGUCCACUUUGAAGAAUUUGGAGUUUUUAUUGUUAUUUUGGUUUUCCUUUUGAA